UGCCUAAUUUAGCAAGAAUGUGUCAAUCUUAUUAAAGGAGGUGGGAGAGCGAAAUCCGAGGUUGGUCUGCAAAGUCCAAAAAUAACUCUAGUUAGAUUCCAGGUUCUUGCGAAUGGUCCGGAUGUAUUUUCGCAAAGAAAUUGGGCUCGGCGGUCUUUAUUUUAAGAGGGAUACCGCUUACAAUAGAACUUCCGAGCCGGAAGGCGUGGGGUAAGAUAAACAUCCUCCACGUGUGUAGUUAAAGUGGCUAUCGAUGUUCUCAACGACCUAAAUGCCACCAAAAUUAAACUCCAUUACUGCGAGAUACACAUUGGAUGUUAUAAAAAUAAAAAUAACCCACAGAGACAUUUCUUAAAAGCUAUGGUAAUAAACCUAUUCUCUAAUCCGAAUAAACGAAAAUUAGUAAACGAUUCAUGUAAUGAUGAAAAUGUACUCUUCGUCUUAUUUAAAAAAAAAAUCACUUGAACAGACAUUUGAUGUAUUAAAUAUUUAUGUUUGUUGUGUAGAAUUUUUGGUCAUGACUGUGUGGAAUUUCCGAGAUAAUAUUAUCGCCAGCUGUGAAUCUUGGAAACUAAUUGACCGCACGGUGUGUCACACUCUUUCCUGUACAGCAGCGUUGCGGAUGCAUAGCAGGAUGCAUUCAAUUGAUGGAAACCAUAAUUCCAUAAGAACAUUGCUAAUCACUGUAGAACGUAGUCGAACCAGGUGGCUAAAUAUAUGCCAGUACUGUUUUAUAAACAUCAGAGCUCAACCGUGGAUGUUCCAAGGAAUACCCAGGAGCAGCAGUCUCGGAGUAGCUCUCAGAGCUUGAUACAAGAGAUUAAGCACGUGCUACAGUACAGAAUAGAAAAUUUAAGGUGGAAUAACUCUACAAUAUUCUACAAAUUGUAGAAUGAAAAAAGAUGUCAAAAUCUAGACAACUUAAUUUUUUUGACAAACCAUCAAAUCAGGCAAAAAAUCUUGAUUUGAGAGAGGACAGCUCCGUUCGACCAACAUCUAUUGUUCUUACUUUUGAGGUGAGUAGUUAGUGUGAACUUAGAAAUACGUGUUGCCAAAAAUGGAUACAAUUGAAUAGGAUCAGCAUGAAGACAUAUGGGUAGAUGACGAUACAAGAGAAGGAAGUAUUUCUUCGGAAGACAGUUCUCAAUCGGCAAUGACAGGAUGCAUAAAACAGCAACCAAUGUCACAGCAAUACCUUUGGACAAAGGAUGAGAUUGUUUUAGCAUUAAAUGCAUUAUCAGCAGGCGAGGCAGCACUUGCUGUCAUCCCUACGCUUCAAGGAGAAUCCCUUAAAAGUGCUCUUGAGGAGAGCGAAAAUGCAAAUGUGCAAAAUUCCUUAAUAAAAGACACUAAAACCAUCACUUUGAGCUUCGUCGAUGGUCGAAUUAGGAAAGCUUCUUUGGCAGCUGAUAAUAAAGAAGCAGCCACUGCAACUGCCGGUCAACUUUUGAUAAGAUGGCCAAACACUUGUCUCUUAGUUGCUUGUUGGUUGGGCCAUUUUGAAUUGGUAAAAGCACUCUUGAAGAGAGGUAUUCCGGUAGACUGUCGUGACACCGAUGGCAGAACACCAUUACAUUUAGCAGCUUGCUCAGGGUCUGCAAAAGUGGUGGAAGAAUUAUUAAAAUAUGGUCCAAACCCAAACGAGUGGGAUUUUGACAGAACAUGCACUUCGUUACACUGUGCCGCAGCGGCAGGAGACAUUAACGCUGUAAAAGCAUUGUUACGGUCAGGGGCCGAUGUCAAUGCCGGCCUAUUAAACAAGAGUCCUCUUCAUUAUGCCGUUCUGAGCAAUGCAGCAGACUGCGUGGAAACUCUCCUGCAAGCAGGUGCUUCCCCGAACAAUCCACAGGUUUAUACGGAAACACCGUUGCACGUCGCCGCAAGCCUGGGGUCUUCCUCUUGCAUAAAACUUCUUCUGAGUUACGGAGCGGAUGUAAGAGUUCAGCACGGUGCUUCCCGAACGACCCCUUUACAUCUGGCAGCCGAAGAGGGUAGUCCGGAGUGUACUAAAUUAUUACUGGAUGCCGGGGCACCAUGGGACGCCAGAAAUUCAAGGGGCCAAACCGCGAUGCACUUGGCAGCACUAGCACAAUCUACAGAAUCGUUGGAGGCACUCGUCAAAGCUGGUGCCAAUGUCAACAUCGAAGAUGACGAUGGCAGGACACCACUACACGCGGCGGUAGCAAAAGCUCUUCGAGGAACAGAAUUAGUGAGGAUAUUAAUCCAGGCAGGAGCAUACAUCAACAAACCGGACAAAUUCGGUUAUACAGCUUUACACAUUGCCGCACUAAAUGAGUGCUCUCAGCUAGUUGUCCUGUUGCUGGGAAAAGGUGCUGACAUCACGGCACGAACCAAAGGUGGCAUUUCAGCCUUAAGUUUCAUCGUUCGCAGAACACCUGACGUACUGCCAAGGUUCACCGCUAGAUUAGAUCAGGCUGUUUCUUUACACGAUCAUGAAUUGGGUGAUGUCGACUGUGAACUGCGACUGGAUUUCAGACCUUUAGUCCCAGGUGGUAGAGGAGAAACCGACUUGAUGUUAUGUCUGGUAGAGGUUGGACAGAAGCACAUAUUGAGACAUCCUUUAUGCGAGAGCUUCUUAUACUUAAAAUGGCUGAGGAUUAGAAAAUUCUUCCUGAUGAGCUUAGUAUUUCAUUCCAUAUUCGUCGCAAUAUUUACAGCCUACAUAGUGGUGACAUUCUUGUGGAAUAAUCAGAAAUUGGGAGGUAUUUUACUUUGGGCAGUACUGUCAUUCACUUGCAUAUUGGCGUGCAAAGAGAUAUUUCAAUUAGCACACGGUGUAUGGUCUUAUGCUAAGCGAUGGGAAAAUUGGCUUCAAUGGGGCGUUGUUAUUUCAUCGGGGGUGAUAUUAAUUAAACCAGUUAAUAACUGGCAACACCAUGUAGCUGCUUUAGGAAUUUUAUUGGCAUGGAUGGAAUUAAUGAUGGUCGUAGGGAGGUUCCCUAUGUUCGGCAUUUAUGUUCAGAUGUUUACACAAGUAGCAGUUAAUUUUUUCAAGUUUCUGGGGGCCUACAUUUGCCUUAUAAUUGGAUUCUCUUUGGGAUUUAGUGUACUGCACAUGAAUUACAAAUCUUUCAUGAAUCCCUUAGUAGGGUUAUUGAAGACGAUCAUAAUGAUGUCAGGGGAACUAGAGUUUGAGGAUGUAUUUUUUGACGAAGAGGCACAUGUUCUUUAUCCAGGAACGGCUCAUUUAAUGCUCUUGUCGUUUGUUAUCUUGGUUACCAUUAUUCUUACAAACUUGAUGGUUGGCCUUGCAGUAUCGGAUAUACAAGAGCUUAGAAGAUGUGCUGGACUGGACAGGCUGGUUCGAAGAGCCGAACUUGUUGCUCACUUGGAGAGCAUGUUAUUUUCAAAAUUAUUAGAUCGCGCACCAGAUAAAUUAGUCAAAACAUUUCGAAAGGGAGCAUUGCUCUUACGGCCACCGCAUCAUUGUGCCAUACAUAUUCAUCCCAAUGACCCAAGAGAAAAACGACUGCCCAAAGAACUGAUAAAGGCAAUUUAUCGUUUAGUUGCAGAAAAAAAAAUUAAUAAACGGACUACUAGAAAUAUUUCCACUCAUAGCGUUAAAGAUACCGACAUAGGUGACACCAGAUUAAGCAGAUUAUACAGUACAACGUCUACAAACGAAGUUACUAAACAGCAGUUAAACGAGUUAUUAACUGAAAUAAAGCGAUUUUCUUAUAAUAUUAAUUCUCGCUUGGACAAUCUAACAAGUAAAAUAGAAGCUAUUGCCCAGGAGAUCGAUGGCUCAAUUUUAUCAUGACUUAUCGCUCAGAUGUAAUAAUAUUAAGAUAACUGUCAUACAUCAUUUGUAAUAAUAAAAGCAAUUGCAAUGGA